AUGCGCGGACCACCGGCCGUCGGGAAGACGCGACCGUUACGAGCCUGUAACGGGAGUGCGAUACAAUACGCUUCGCCGUCAUCCCGGACGCCAGCCGUGGCGACGAGGCCAUCAAGGACAAUGAGCAGGAACGAAGCGCAGAAUGAUUUCCGGCACCUGUUCUACUGCAAGCACGUUGAAAGGCUGCUGUGCAGAGUCUGGCUGUACAACAAAGUGGUGAAGCGGUUCUCGGAGGCGCGGCUGUACGCGGACGCGUUCGCGCUGCGCCAGCGCAUGCUGAGCUGCGUGCAGCACGUGCAGUACUACAUGUGCGUGGAGGUGCUCGAGCCCUCCUGGUGCCAGCUCAUACAGAGCCUCGACAAGGUCAGUGACACCACCCUAACUCCCCGCGAAUUCAACUCGUACGGGUCACGACGUGGCAACGACGCGAUCAUGUCGCGCGGAACGUUCGCGAACAUUCGCCUCGUGAACAAGAUGGCGCCCACAGCUGGGCCAAGGACCACCCACCAUCCCAGCGGUGACGUUAUGGAUAUUUUCGAUGCUGCAGAGAGGUACGCGUCUGAAAACGUGCCUCUCAUCGCGGUGGUGGGGAAAGACUACGGUUCCGGAUCCAGCCGAGACUGGGCCGCCAAGGGACCGUAUCUGCUGGGCAUCAAAGCAGUCAUAGCGGAGUCCUUCGAACGUAUCCACCGGUCCAACCUCGUAGGCAUGGGCAUCAUGCCGCUGCAGUUCCUUAACGGAGAGAAUGCGGAGAGCCUCGGCCUUAGCGGAGCGGAGACCUACUCGAUCGACGUACCGGAGAACGUGGCGCCUGGACAGAAUCUUACUGUACAGGUUAGUUUUUAAAUAAAAACAUUCGUC